AUGUCAUCGUCAAAACUCUUAUUACUGGUAUUAUUCCUCAUACUCAACAUAUGUGGGACCGAAAUUGAUGCUCAAAUACUUUGUUGUGUAGGCUGUUGUGUUGGCUACGGCGGGUGGGGUGGAUAUGGUGGUUAUGGUGGAGGUUGGGGCGGAUGGUCUGGAUAUGGCUACGGUUGGGGUAGCGGACUAUGGGGAAAAAAGUAG